CUGAAUAAUACCUUUUGAAUUGGCACCCUAUUCCAUGUUAUGGAACACUGUGACCUGUAAGUGUGGCAAUGGUUCUGUCAUUUCUGUGUUUUCGUGUCCAGACAUAUGACAUGUGGAAAUUUGGAGGUUAUUGGUUUCAUUGUUUAUAAAUAAAUAAACGUACAAAUUAUUGUAAACUUGUUGGGAAGUCCAGUAACGAAGUUUAAGUUUAUGUGACUUCUGUAGAAUGUAGAAUAACUGAAUUAUAAAUGAUUUUCUCAACAAAAGUAUUAUUAACUCUAUCCUAAUUCGAAUGGAAAUUGGAAAAAAAUGAAUAGUAUGGAAAAUAGUUGUUGUGUCUGCCUGAACAAUUUCUUAGGUCUAAAUAAACUAUCGAAGAAAGAUGACAAUAAUGUAACUUUGUUUUCAAAACUGCAAAUAAGUGUUUCUCAAAUUGAAUGGAAAGUAGGGUACCAAAUCUGUGAACCAUGUACCAAUUUAUUAAGUAUUGUUUAUACAUUUCGAGAAACUUGUAUAAAGUCCGAUGCUGUUCGGAAAGUACAGUUGGAAAACUCUUCUGAGGAAAAAGAAAAAAUUAAAGUCGAAGAGAAUGUUGAUUCUUCAGAAGAUAUUGAAGAUUCCGAUGAAAAGAAGCAAGAUGAAGAUGAGGACUAUGAGGAUGAAGAUGAAUUUGAUGAUGAUCCCACUAAUACUCUUUCUAGUGAGGAAGAUGAAAAAAAGGUGGAGGUUAAUGUCAAACUCGAGAUUAUCAGAGAUAAAUCCACAUCAUCAUCUAAACGAAAAAGAAAAGUUUUACAAUUUCAAUGUGAAAAAUGUACCAAUACCUACAAUUCAAGCACUCUUUUUGUGAGACAUUGUGUUGAAGAGCAUGGCAUGAAUAGUAAAGAUGUUAGACCUUUUGUUUGUACACGAUGCAAUAGCCGCUUUGGUAACUCCUCUAAUCUUAUGCAACAUAUUAAAUAUCAUGAAGCUGUGAGGUCAAAUAUGUGUACAUAUUGUGGAAAAGGAUUCAUUACUAAAACGGAUCUAAACAUACAUGAAAAACAGCACCUUAAUAUGAGAGAAUAUAAGUGUGAAACUUGUGUCAAAAGUUUCAAUACUCACAAAGACUUGAGGUCUCAUAAACUUGUGGUGCAUACAGAUCCACAACUCUGGAAAUAUUUCUGUCAGAUAUGCAACAAACCAUUCCCUAUAAAAUCCAACUAUGAUUGUCAUAUGCGUAGACACACUGGCGAUAAAAAGUUUCAGUGUCAUUUGUGUGACAAAAAGUUUACUGACAAAUGCGUGCUGCAGCGUCAUAUGAGGACACACUCGAAUGUGAGGGAUUUCAAAUGUUCUCAUUGUGAUAAGGAAUAUAAAGAUAAACGUGUGAUGCAAAUUCAUAUGGCCAAAAUACAUGGAAUAGGAGUGGGAGAAAUCAAACUGCCUUCUAAGGAGAGGAAGUAUAUUUGCCAUAUGUGUCCCAAGGCCUAUUAUGCCAAAAAUAAACUGACAAGGCAUUUAUACACCCAUACAGGAGAGAAGCCAUUUUUUUGCAAUAUUUGCAAUAAGAAUUUUAAUGAUAAAUCAUAUGUUAAACAACAUAUGAAGAAAACACACUAUUGUAAUACAUAAUAAUGAUAUGUAGGAUUUAAUAGUUAAACAUAUUUUAUUUACAGUAUGUUUAUACAGUAUUUUAAUUUUUUAUUUAUUGAAUAAAUGCUAUAAAGC